UCAAUGGUGGCGACCGCGUCGCUGUGUGUGCGCGUUGUUGUGCGAGUCAGCCGCUAGUGCUGUUGCCCCUUCUGCGGUCUCCGAAUGCACGCCGGCAAUCCGUGAACCCCGACGCCAAUGCAGGAUGGAAUAAUGAUCUCUCGUGGAGGUGCGACGUUGCCGCCCAAGCCGGCGGACGGCGGCAAAUAUGGCACCGCCAACAGCGGUUCCCCGACUAACCGAGGACUGCACCACAACGCAGGAACGCUGCAUGAGAUGGAACUGCGGCGGCUGCUCCACCAGGUGCGCUGCUGGCUGCGGGUUAUGUUCGUCAUCGCCAACAAUCUCUACUGCAUCCCCACCUACCUGGCCUGGAUGUGGGUGGUCUUCUAUCCGCUGCGCAUUCUUCUACCCCCUCUGUACUGGGCCAUCGAGCGGCAGCUCUUUCGCCUGCUCCUCCUCAUGGUCUCCUUUUGGAGCUGGAGUGCCGAGUACUACGUGGACGAGGUCGGCGAGGACGUGAGCGAGUGCUACAGUGACCGGACACUGGUCCUAGUCAAUCACCAGUCCACGGCCGACGUGCCGCUGCUCAUGGCCUCCUUCCAAGGGAAGCGCUCGGUGACCGAGCACCUCAUGUGGAUCAUGGACCGGCUGUUCAAGUACACAAACUUUGGUGCCGUCUCCAUGACCCACGGCGACUUCUUCAUUACCCAGGGCAAGGACACUCGCAACACCCAGUUGCAGCGGCUCAGGGACCACAUUGCGGAGGUGUACCUUCGUCGCGGGCUCAAGUGGAUUGUUAUCUUUCCCGAGGGUGGCUUCCUUCACAAGCGGCGGGCCACCAGCCAGCGGUACGCCAGGGCCAAUGGCUACCCCGUCCUGGAGCACGUGACGCUGCCACGUGUGGGUGCCAUGAAGACCGUCCUCGAGACACUCUCCUCCGAGAACCUUGAGAAGACUUGCAAGGGAGAGGAACCAAUCAAGUGGGUGGUGGACAUCACCAUCGGCUACCCGGACAUGGGCAAGCCCCUAGACCUGCUUGUUAUCUCAGGCGGCUUCCGCAAGCAGUGCGUUGUCCACAUGCACUACCGGCGUUUUCCCAUCUCUGAGGUGCCCGUCCACGAUUCUGAGGCCCUCACUAAGUGGCUGUACGACCGGUGGGCAGAGAAGGAAGACCUCCUGGACAUCUUCUACCGGACGGGACGCUUCCCAGGACGUCUCCACCGGGGCACAGGGAGAGGAGGAGGACGCUGGCAAGAACCACCUGCACCUCUGCGCGAGACGCCCCUGCGUGUCGACUUCAACAUCGUCUGGAUCGUGCUCGUGCACGCCUUCUUCAUCAUGUCGACGCUGUUCCACGUGGCGCUGUUCCGCUGGCUCGCCUCGCUCGUGCCGUUCUGGUGACAGUUUCUUCUGCGCUGCGGAACGGAGAGUGUUGAAGCUACUGUGGUGCGGUCGGUUUCAGCGUGAUGGUUGCACUGCGUGACGAGGGGGAUAUUCUCGGUGCCCCCUUGCAGGGUGGCAAUGCCGCACAGUUCGGGGUUCCUCAAAAAUGCGCGCUCUCUUUUCCCCCGAAGGCUCGAUUUCUUUGUGGUGCGGAGCAGUGUUUGAGGUUGGUUGCGAGGGAGGGCCCUCUUCUCCUUGAAAGGGGGGAGGUCCUUCAUGGUUGAAGGCUCUUGGAAGAAAAGCACUGGUGGAUGUUCAAAUGUGUCCGUGCAGUGUUCAAGGUUUCUCGGAAGCCCCGUGAAUCUGCGUGCGUGCAUGUGUGUGUGUGUGUGUGUGUGCAUGCUGUGUGUGAAUGCACAUGUGUGUUUGUGUCAGGCAAUCCCAUAAGGAAGACUUCUGGAGGGACAGUUUUUGUCUGAAAAUGCUUAUGGGAGAGCUAUUUUAGCUAACUGAAAGAACUGAAGAAUGUGCUGGGAGUAUAGUGUGUGAAAACUCUAGCUCUUACUUUCGUGUGCUCAGUUGGUCGCGCAUUUUGGAAGGAAACUGGAAACGGCAGAGAAUAGUCAUAGAAGAGGCCCGGAAAGCGGGGAGUUAUAUUCUGCCGAUUGUAGUCUCGAGGCAGGAGGAAAGUUGAUCACAAUGCUCUUUGAACUCGGGACCAGGAAAUUCAAAGCUGGGAUAGACCAGUGGUAGAAUGCGUGUUGCCAUAGAUAACUAGUAGCCUCACAAAUAGCUGACCAGUGCGCCUGGAUAUUCACUAGAGACUGAGUCAAAUACGUGUGCUUUUAAAAUUGCUUAUGUUGUAAGUCAUGAAACUCUAGAAAUAUAUGAAGUAACUUAAAUUACUAGCAAUAAAGCUACAUUCUGUUUAGGCUUCUUGCAUUGAGAGUGCAUAGUCAUGUUUUUGCAGAGCUGGAGCUGCUGUAGUCAAAAGCUUUUUAGCAUUGCAGUUAAUACAAUAAAAAGUCGUACAAAAUGUGAUUAUCAGUAGGGGAACUCAAAGGAAAGCCACAGUAUCGCACUUGAAAGCAUUAUUGUAGCCAGGCAUAGUGCAUAUGUGAAUGAUUUUAUCUACAUGCUCAUCAUACAAUAUUCUUGAUCCAGACCUUCAUAUUUUCUGCAUCUUCGGCUGCUUUUAGUUGCGCCAGAAAAAUAAAACGAGUGCACAAUAAGAAUGACUACUUCAUUUGCUUUCUUAGCUGUAUUUAAUGUCGCUUGGGCCAUAUACUGUAGGAGCCUGGCAAAUUUGUGUUUUUGCAGGAAUUUGGUUUACUAGCAAGUGUAUUGGCAGCACAGCACCAGCGUGCAAGACAUACCGAACUAGAGGAAGUCGUGCCAUAUAAGUACCCUAUUUACUCGCAUAAUCCCCGCACUUUUUUUGGCGGAAAACCAAUGCAAAGUUUGGGGGUGCGAGAAUUACGUGGGGAAAACUUUCCACGAAAACGUACAGAGCGAAAAAGAAAACAAAGUGGCCGCAAGUCGGGAAUCCCACCCCAGCAACUAACAGCACGCUUUGAGAAGUAUUAAGAUUCACCUCAAUAAUAGAAGCACAGGUUCAACACAAGGCAAGAUUUGCGACACAAAAGGUGCGAUGAAAUAGUCGAGAAUUGGAAUACCGUACGCAAGGCUUGUGGGCAUUGCGUGCAUAGCGGUAGCGUUCGUCGCUCAACAGGAGUCUGCAAGAGGUAGGCGAAGGCUGUCAGUAUUGGGCUGAUGGCCAUUUAACAGAAUCGUCCGCAGUUGCCUUCUGAAGAAAUAAAGUUUACCAUCAAUCCCAGUCUUAGGCACACGGAAGGUCCAACACGUCAUGGUGGCUUUCACCUGCAGUCACCAGUAGCGAACAACAAAACUACUCUACUCUGAAGGGCCUACCGGCGGCACUGUUGGUGUUGUUUAGGGCACGAUCAGUCACUUUCAACUUGAAAGCAGCCGUGUAACUUCUGCAUCGCCCCUAUAACGUAACAAGAUUACAGAAGACACAACAUACAAAUCACGCCGCUACGCGCACUUGCCACUUUGGCUUGGAUUGAAUUUCUGUGCAAUAAUAGUACGCUCUAUGCUUAGGAGAUGGCGCCAGACGGCGCACGCUGUCUUCAUCAGUGGCUGGAACGAGCAGGCGACAUUAUUGCGGCAAUUUUCGGGGGUGCAAUAAUUACUCGAGGAAAAAAAAUCGUACUUUUGUCGGGAGUGUGAUAAUUAUGCGAGUGUGAGGAUUAUGCGAGUAAAUAUGGUAGCUGCUUGGUUUAAGCAGUUUCCCUCUGCCGACAUUUUGCUGUAUGACUAGUAAAGCCUCCUUGGAAACGCAAAUUUGAUAGUAAAUUAAGGCUGUGCCAAUACACUCGAACCUCAUUAUAGCAAACUUGCAUCUUAAAUGAAAAUAAGUUCGUGAUAUCUGAAAAUUUCUCAGAAAGGUUUAUUCUUAAGACUAAAUCUAUUGUGAGACUAUUUUUUAUUUACUUUGUUAUAACCAAUAUUUCGUUAUAUUUGGGUUCAUUAUGUGGAGGUUUGAGUGUAUUCUUAAUUGCUCAAUAACAUCGCAUUUGACUCAUGGCCUCAAUCAUAAUCACUGGAUUUGUGAAUGUUCAAUUGUGCACGAAAUGCUGUGCAUGCAGGUAGCCAUAAAAAAAUAUGCUCAUGUAAGUAAAGCCACUGAUUUCGCAGCUAAGAUUUUCGGAGGUUUGGAUGUUGAAGAAGCAGGCCUUAAGAUCGAUGUGUAGGGUAAAAAGGAGUAUGAGGAAGUAAGUGAAAACAUGGGAUGUUAGCCAGUUCUUAGGCUGGCUAGCUACCCUGUGAUAAGCACCCAAAGGCAUUAGGGUUAAAAAAAAAAAAAAGGAAAUGUCACUGAGGGCCUUUUCAAUGAUCAUAAAUCGGGGCAAUCUUUGCACUGUAAGUGAACAUUUAUGACUUCAACUCUGGCAGCAGUUUUGAACGCACGCAAGAUGAACCUGAACACAGCUCAUGACUGUCGGUGUUAGAGUGUUCGGUAGUCUAAGCAGAGAGAAAUUUACUUCACUUGAGGGAUCGGCACAGACUCGUCCACAACUUGUGACAGUGCUUUUUCGGUGCACUUGCUAUUGAAAUUGCUCAUGAGCUGGACAGCAGCAAUAUUUAUUUUACUUAAAAACAUUUUCGUUAGGCAAGCUGAUUGUAUGCAAUUGGCUGUGGACAGCAAAAAGACUAAUUUCGAGAAUGAGUGGACAGCUUUGCUAUAAAGGGUGACAUUGAAAGGCCUUUUUGAAAUCCCCACCGCGAGCCUAAUUGGAUGCAAGUUUUCGAGUAAGAUGCUGUAUUUAGCACUGUGUAAAACACAUUAAUUGCAAUGUUGAAAAUUGCAGAGUGCAUAACACUCUGUCACCGUGCAAAAUGGUAGCGUUAAAAAAAACGCACCUCUCCUGACUCGACCUCACUGACGAUGAUUUCAGGUAGCUAGGCUCUGUACUACGGCUCCAGCGUCGUGCCACAGCCGUGCAUCUCGUCGGCGAAGAGUCCACUUUGUAAAUCAACGAAAACGUCCAGAACAGUAGUGACUGUGCCCGGGUGAUGUCCGUGUGAGGACCACGUGACCAUGUUCAUUGCGACAGUCUCCUCACUGCGUGAACAAUUUCGAUGCCUGCAUCUGAGGAACAAAGAAAAAGACUGAUGUGCUUUUUUCUGGAGCUACCUUGCGGACAUGCUGGCACACUUCAGUGGCAGUGUAUCUGUUGUGUUGAGCUCUUUCAAAUGUGAUGAUUCGACGUAUGGACCAAGACGGGGGGGGGGAUGCGAUGCUGCACCUUAGUGAGAUGCAAGUUCCGGAGGUUUUGCCCUUGUGAGAGAGGUGCUGUUCUCUGGGCUGUGAUCGGUUUAGGUAGUGUUUUGCCGUUGCUUCUCGCUUCGCUUCGUCGCAAGAAAGUUUUCACUGCAUUGUGGACUGAAUUAUUGCAUUUCAAUGAGCCCAAGCUUUCUUUCACUAGCAGUGUCCGAGUCAAAAGUCGCAGCUUGAGCAUUUCGAGUUUUUAAGGAGCAAAGUUUUUUUUCAUCAUGGGAGUGACUCGCACAGGUGUUUAGUAUGAACCGAUUGUUGGGAAUCGCGUCUGCUAUUGGGUCAGUUUUUUUUUUUUUUGCACUUUGCUUCUCCUGCACUGUGGUGGACAAUCGGACACAAUUUACUCGCCAGUCGAAAGCACUGCUCUUUUAACCUGUGCGGCAACCAAUCUUUAGCCACAAAAACAGCCCAGCACUACUUUUAUUUGAUUUUUAAGGAGGUUCCAUGCUGCAAAAUAUAUCCCGAGGUGCACAAUCAUAAUUUUAUUUUAUCGAAAUUGAUUUUUUAGUCAAAAUAGUUUGUACUGGAGAAAUUUGCUUGGAGUUGUUAAAGUGCCAUCUUGAUCAAUCUCCAAACGAGUGCCAUGUUUUUUCUUUUUUUUUUUUCUAGCCAUUUGACGCUAUAACAGCUUGAUAUUGAUUUACUGUGGAGUCACCGCAGUAGUGAGGUCUCCUUUAGGUUUCUUCUUUCAUUGACGAUUGUAACAACCUCAUUUUCGGUAUUCAACAAACGCACAUAUUUUUCAUCGAAGACCAAAUUCUGGAGCUCAUUAGAGGUGAUCCAGCUCCUGUAGCCGCUAUCAUUUUGCCAGAGUUCGCACGAAGUCGUUACACAAAGAAGCAGGCCGACCAUUCAAGCACCUGACCUAUUUGAAAGGGCCUGUGCAUGUGGGAGUCGUAAGCACAUUUGUCAAGUUGAUGGUAGUUUGCAUAAACAGCAGUUUAGACCGGCAAAUUUAAGGACACUGUGCACGACCUGUCUGUACUUUGUGCAAGGGAGCCUUGCCCAAGUGAACGUGCAGCGCAUCAGAAUGACAACUUCGCAUUGCUUUAGUGCGUGUAGGGUCUCUAGAAUUGACACCAAGUAGUUUAGCUAGACCGUUCUUUAUUACAAGCUAUGGUACCGUAGCUUGCACUUUGCUGGUCGUAGAGACGCCUAGAUUGGCCUGUGCUGAUGUAGCAGCAGUCUGUGGCUCAAAGGUACAUCUGUUUGCAGAAGAAUAAUUUCCCGGUUUGCACCUUGUCAGCAGCCUUGUGUAUACAAGAAUAACAAAGCCAGAUAUAUGGCUACACCUACUAUUGUGCAUGGUUUAGCACUGCUAAAAGUGAAUGGGAUGUAGUAAAGCACUGGGAAUAACUAUAGGGUGCACAUUCAUGAUGACGGCACACAAUUUCACAUGGAAAAACGAGGAGGGUGGAGGGAAUGCGGAAGGACUUGUAACAAAUUCUUGGCCAUUUCCUCACAUUGGGCAUGUGAGCUGUGAUAUGUCUAGGUGGAUCAGAAUAGGAAAUAGGAACACCCUUUUGUGCUGCGUCGUUCUUCACACCUUCCUGAAUAUUUUAUAUGCAUGUAACUCGGCACGUUUCAGUUUUAAGAUCAUAAGAUUUAUUGCAAUCACUCAAAUGGUGAUGCAACCAAGUGGUGCACAUGAGUGAGAUAUUCAAGAGGCUUUAGGAAAAGUACACAUAUGUGAUGGUAGCUUUGUUGUGUGCUUAUUAAACUGAUAAGCUUUUGAAAGCCCAUUCUGUGUAAUUGGAGUUAAUGGGAGAUACAGUUCGUGUGUCUUUUGGCUGCAACUCUUAGCGUAAGCUGUCAGAGUUUGGUAUGAGGUUUGUGGAACUGUUUUCAUAGCACCGGUGAACUAGGGAAUGCAACACUUUCAACAAGAACAUGACCCAGCUAGACUGUUGUUACAACUGGCCACUUUCGUAGUGAAUGGCCGUCCUCGUCAUUGGCUAUAGCACCCACUAUGCUACAUAUGAGCAAAACCUUUUGGGGUACCCACAAAUGAUCUAUGGGCGUCUCAUUCUGUUUUGGUGAAGAAGACAGUCCUGUAAAUGCACCAUCAUAACCUGAUGAUGACAGGUAGUCUAAGGUUCAUGGCUUCAGAAAGUGUUGAGGCGAGCUGGGGGGGGGGGGAAUCUUUUGGAAUACGCAGCACGUAAUGUACACAACACACGAGACAAGAACGAGGACGUGCGCUGACAACAUUAAGCGCCGCGUAUUCCAACGUUGCAAGGUUCAUCACACUCGGCUAGGGCAGCAGUGCAGUACCAGUUUGCAAAGCCACUGAUGUGUUUGCUGGAACACUUGCCAGUUGUGGCUUGAAAAGUCGGCACAAUUUCAAGAAUUUUAUCUAGAAUAGUGUUUCGGCACUCUUCACAGUUGCAGUCCUUUGAGGGUGUAUUUUUGCCGUACAAGAAUCGCGAAUAUGUGCACUUGGUUUUACAUUGUGUACCUGGUACUUCGCCUUUAAAACCUAGGUGCCAGGUAUCCUAGGCAUGGCGUGUCUAAGUAGUACACAAAUGUAGGUUCCCGGUACAUAGGCAUGGGGUGUGAUUACACAUCUGGUACUCCUGGCUGAAAAGUGGGAGCAUGGAGCUUGAAAUGAAUGCACGCCUGAUUCACGACAAUGAGAGAUUCGUGGCAAAGUUUCACCUAUAGGGGAGUUCUUCAGAAUGUAGAUGCUUUUUGAGCAAGUCUCGCUGUCGCAUCAUAGCUUACAAAUAAUAAGUAGGCAGAGUACGCUUCAGUGCGUUAGCUUUGCAAAAAAAAAAAUUACAUUCUCACGAGUGAAACUAAAGAAUUAAAUGUUGGUUGAAGCCAUUGAUUUCCUUUUGCAUUUGCAUUCUGCUGGGCCUGUUCAUGAUUUGACUUCCACCGCAUGUGCUGUUGGUAUUCAACAAAAGCUUGUUUCAGUGUUAUUGUGUUUGCUGUAAAUAGAAAUGCUUCGUUUUUUUUUUUGACUGUGACUUAUCAAUAUGUUACUUUCGUACAGAGAGUGCAUUAAAUUCCUCAAAUUGU